AUGCAAUCGCGGAUUUCGAAUAUUGUCCUCCGCCUUAUUGUAUUGCACUUCGCAAUUUCUGUGAGGUGGAUAGAGACCUCACUAUCGAGGAGGUACGAUGUUAUUGCUGAGAUUCAAAGUUUGUGGCCAGAGAUCAAAGAGAUUAGGUGGGAAGCGAUUAGGCAAAUCAAGAAAGGUCUUGUCGAUCUUCAAGCCGAACUAGAAUAUCGAUUGGUUAGGACAGUUUUGGCUGAAGGUGGACAUAUGUUCCGAUAUCAUAAAGACAUUGAAGAAAGGCCCCCGAAGGCCCUCCUAGUCUAA